AUGGCCUCUUGGACCUUGCCCUAUCGGGUUGAGGCUGUCGACCGCGACCCAGGCUUCUACUGGCAGGAUAUCGACAAUGGACCUAACGAUGGAUCAAACGACUUCUUUGGUCAGUUUCUCAACUUUGAUGGCGAAAUCCCGUCCUCUAUGGCCGAUCCACACGGCCAUAACCCAUCAAUGCCGGCCCUGGCCAAUGGACUUAUCCUCGACCAUCCCGCCGAGUCCACUGCAUCUGCCUCAUCAGGCGUUUCAACAACUGAAGAUGAGUUUGAUUUCUUCUCCUGCAGUUCUCAGGUCGACGCGACAAUCCCCUCUCAGCCAGUCUCAUCCGCUGUCGCAAGUGCAUCGCAUGAGGUCGAUCCUCGAAGCCUCGCACUUGCAAGUGCCGUUGGACUGGCGGAAGAGAAGCCCCCCCUGGUGCCUCGAGUUUCCAUGUCGGACCCAGAACUACCCCGAGUUGAUGGCAUUUCAUUGCACUCUUCGCCUGGAAAGCGGGUGCCUAUUUCACAGCCAUCAUCGCCAACCCCACCCAACACAAUGGCCAGGAAACCCAACAAAUUCGUCGAGGCACUCUCAUCCACGAUUCGUAAAGCCAGUAAACUUCGCAAACCCAAGAAGCUCGUUGCCAUAGACCGCCCAGGCUCUCCGACCAUGGACAAUCCUCCUCGGGCCUUGCGACUGCAGCAUCACGAAUAUAGCAAUGGUAAUGACGCAUUCCCCCCAUCGCCGACAUGCGGGCCGGAUAGCACCAACUUUGUUCAUGGGUUUUGUGACGAUCCCUUUAGUGAAAUUCCUCAGCCGCCUCCGAACAACUCUCUCCGCUUUUUCAGCACCAACGGCAUCCACACACCAGCAGAAUCCCCAGGAGUCAAGACUGAACCUGGUCUUUACCACCCCGACAUGGCAGGGCAGCAACCUGUUCCUGUUGUGGGUGCUGCACCCGAGACAUGGCCGGGGCAAGAGUAUAUGGCUCAAAAUCCUCAUCAAAGCGGGUGGUGGGAUCUAAAUCUUUUAAACCAGAAUGGCGAAUAUGUUGUAGCCGAUCCGCAACAGCAGAAAAACGCCAGCCUCAACCUUGCCAUGCAUGCCCAGCAUGCGGAGUUGCCAUACGAGUAUCAGGGUCAUGAUCCCAAUUCGGCUGGCCUCAUGAUCCAUAUGCCACAACCGCGAAACGCCUCGGCUCCCGGACACGACCUUUCGUUAAACACCCAGACUUACCUCCCUCCACCGCCUAUCCCUCCAACAUCAGAACGCCAUCGUCCGCCACGAGCCCCUUCUUCUGGAGCACGACACUUGUCUUGCUCGCCAAUUCGCAAGACACGCCAGCCGUCCAUUCCACCCACGCCUGCCACAGCGCACUCGCGCCAAAGCUCCAACGGGUCCGUCGCAUCAGCUCGCAGCGCCUCGGGUCGAGGUAUAGUACCGGGGACCCCCACGGCAAUGCGCAAGCAACGACGGUCUCGAGAUGCAAGCGGCAGCAGUGGAGGCGGCAGCGAGAUCGGGUUUGUCAAUUUUACUCCCAGUGACGGCGGUCUCCUCAUGACAGGUGUUGCGCCGAGCGGCAGUUCCAAGACCAAAGCGCGAAGAGAGCGUGAGGCGAUGGAACGGAGACGACGAUUGAGUGAGGCGGCCAUGAAAGCGGUGCAAGCAGCAGGUGGCGAUGUCGACAAGCUGAUGGAACAAGGCUUUGCAUUUUAA